AUGACCUGUCUUUUAACCUAUGAUGCUAUUCUGGGCUUUGUCGAUGAAAGACGACUUAUGUGGUCCAAACCUCUCAAUUCAGGGAAAAUAUUGUAUUUUCUUAUUAAAUACUUGACCGUAAUAUUCUCCGUUGUCGCUCUCUUCACCCUCCACAACUCUGUGCGUACUCAGUUGGAAAUAUUAAUCCUGUUCUUGGAAGGCAACCUAGCAAUUCGAACCCCUUGGAUUUCGAGUGUUAUUAUAACAAUUCUCACAGAAGCACUUUCAGUCACUCUCCAACUUCGACUCUAUGCACUUUACAAAGCUAGAAAUAGUAUGGCUAUUGUCCUUGGAGUCUCCUUGAUGGCGACCGUAGCAUCAAUGUUCGGUGUCGGAAUUGCCAUUAUGGUCAAUGAAUCUGGUACCUUACUUGAAGCGUACAAAGGCGUGGAUAUUUUCCGAGAGAAGAGGGAGCUCGGCAUUAUUAAUCAGCUCGAGCUGUUCCUUGUUAAGGGUUCUGUCAUUUAUUUUUUCAUUGCUGUGGCUAGUUGGUGGGGUAUGAAUAUUGUCCAUACUCAUAAACCUGUUACAGCUAAAUAUGUCCCGUUUGCAACUGCAAUUACUGCCCCUAUUGCGAGUCUCAUGAGCCAGCGCCUUCUUUUGGGUUUACGCGACAGAUACGGCAGGGCGCAUUCUAAUUCAUUCAGUACACUACCGGACUUCGUUGCUCUGCAAGGCCCAGAAGCUCGUAUGAGCAUGGGAACAGGUCCACGUAUCAACACGCCUACUAACAGUGAGGCCGACUGGCUUAUAUCAUUCAGCGAAUAG